CGUUGUGGUAAAUCUGCGCAAGAUUCUUUCUGCGUGAUACUUUGUGGUUUGUGUCACAUUGUAUUGCUCUUACAGAUCGACCAAAAUGUCACCUGAACUGCUGGAGUCCAACACGCAACUGACCACAGCAGCUUUUCUUCAGAGGCUUCCAGACAAAACGGCCACAUUUCUACCUUCAUCACAGAGUGAAACCUCUGGUUGAACCUGUCAAUUAUCAACAAAAAAUGCCUCCCUCAGACAUUCAGUACUCCAAACUGCGAUGGUUAUUAACCAUCGCUGGACUUGUUUUGUAUGUGGCGGACAUUUGGACAGACAUUGGACUGGCUUUGAAAUAUUUCCAAGAGAAACAAUAUGUCUGGACUGGACUGACUCUAAUGUUUGUUCUGGCUGGACUGCUGGUGACACAGAUCUUCAGCUACGCCUGGUAUCGGGACGACAUGAAUGACGUUUUGAGAAACCCGGAGGGAAGAUCGAGCGUAGCCGGCAUGUCAGAAGGUGGACUGGUCGCCCUGCACCUCUUUGGCGUGGGUAUCUUCACCAGGUAUUAUCACCUGCUGAGAAAAGGCUUUAAAGUUGUUUGGACAAAAACAAAUUCCUAUACGCUGGAACAGAGGAGGGAUGUGCACCACAAUCUCUUUUGCCUGGCAACUGAUCUGAGCAUGCUCAAACUGUUUGAGACUUUCCUGGAGAGUGUUCCCCAACUCCUCCUACAACUAUACAUAGUGCUGGGCCAUGAUGAGUCCUCAGUUUUGCAAUAUUUAUCUAUGGUGUUUUCCUUCUUUAAUAUUGCCUGGGCCCUGGUGGACUAUCGUCGCUGCCUGCGCCGAUCCCUCCCCCAGAUCAGGGAGAUGCCCUCUGGUCUCCCCACAGCGAUAUACCUGAUGUACAAAAUCUGCACCAUCACCACCCACAUCCUCAGCUAUGGCCUCCUCCUAAUACUGAGCAUUUACAGCACAGUAGCCCUCACCUUCCUCUGGCUGUUGGGGACCACCUGGGCACACUUUCUUCAAACCAACUUCUGCUCAUCCAAAGGCCUUGAGCUUCUCUACCGGGCAGUCAUAGGAGUCAUCCUCACGUUCACCUUUUUCAAUGUCAAAGGACAGGACACAAAAGUAGCCAUGAUCUUCUAUUACGUUUUCCACUCCUGUAUAAACCUUAUGGCUCCAUUGUUGCUGGCUUUGUUGAGGCCAGAGCUGCAGACCAGCACUUUUUUACCGACAGUCAGCUGUGUAAUCUUUGGAGGUUCACUGCUGGGGCUGGUCAGUCUCGUGGUGUACUACGUCCUCCUGCACCCCAAGGGGAAGUGGCGUGAGGCGGAUGAGGUGGACGGCCUGGGAAAGGAAACAGACGGCAUGACGAAAAUAAGGAACUUUUUACAACCUUGAUGAAGGUGCUUUCGUUCGUUCUAAACCUCACAAAGGGAAAGAUUUGCACUUCCUGUGAACUUGGAACUACCCAAAAAAGUUCAGAGAACAACUGGAAUAUCAUCUUCAUAUUGUCUUCACUAUUCAUUAUUCAUGUUGCUGUCAGUUACUUUUCACUAUUCUGAGAUUAAUUUUGCCUUCUUAUCACUGAUAUUAAUAGGAAGCUCAACAUUUAUGUGCAAUAUAGGUUAUUGUUUCAGUUAAUUUAAUAAUUGUAUUUAUUCUUCUUUAUUUAAAAAAUGUACAAUCAAUGGCAUAUUUAUUUUUUAUCAUAUGUAAUACUGUAAUUGUCUCUUAAUCCUAAUGGACAGUUGGAAUUAUCUCAGCCUUACAUUGUAAGCAAAUAUAAACAAUAGCUUCUCAUGCUUUUUGUGUAAUACUGCAAUAUACUCAAGUAUGUGACGUACA